UGCUCUUUCGCGCGCCGUACUUCACUCGCUCGCGCGCGCUGGAACUUCUCGCGCCAGUCGUACUCUCUUCCGCGAGCGCACGGAACGCAGCCACAGCGCUCGUUCUUUUAACAACGGACGGUUAACGUUAUUUCUCCCACCCCCGAAACGCCGCUCACCUGCCUGGCUGAAACUGUCGCUUAAACUCGCAAGCGGUGGGCGGCUUGAAACCGCCUGUGCUGAAUAACAUUGGCUGUUCCGUUCACCCCCUCCGCUCUCAGGAUCCCGGAAGUAGCCGUGUGAGAUCAUGAUGGCAGGUGAGAGAAACCCUGCAUCGUGUUACCUGGAUGAAAGGACCUUCCGGCUUUGCUGUCAGCUCUUUCUCCAACACUCUGAGACCAUUCAGGAUGGCUGGAGCUGGGAGCAGAUCAAGGGCACUGACGAAGGCUUUAUGAAGAAGACUGUUCUCAUCCCUGUAAAGCCAAGCGUACAUGAGUCUUCCAUGCAGGAUGAAAACAUGGUUCCAGAUGACAUCCAGGCAAACGUUGAGGAUGAAACGGCUGGAGUUCAGGCAGUAUGUGAAAUUCACGCUGCGCUGCGCUAUGAAUACCACGUUCUGUAUUCUUGCAGCUAUCAGAUCCCCGUCCUCUAUUUCAGAGCCUCCACGUUAGAUGGGCGACCCCUGUCUCUGGAGGAGGUAUGGAGCAAUGUUCAUCCGAACUAUAGACAGAGACUGCAGCAGGGACCCUGGGACACUCUGACCCAACAGGAACAUCCUUUACUGGGCCAACCGUUUUUCAUGCUUCAUCCAUGUCGCACUGAGGAGUUUAUGAAACCUGCUCUGGAUCUGGCACAAGCUGAAAACAAGAGGGUGAACUAUAUCGUGACUUGGCUCAGUGUCGUUGGACCCGUCGUUGGACUGGACGUCCCUUUGAGCUACAGCACAGAGGUGUCUGCUCCCGACUGAAGCGCCUCUGCUUUGACCUGCUGUGAUCUCCCUGUCUGUCUCAGACUCCACAGACCCAGAGGACAUGAUGAGGGUCUCCGAGGGGCCAAAGACACUUCAGAAGUCUUGUUAGCAAUGCUUCAGCAUUCAAGACACCAAAUCUAGAAGUUUACAAGUUGGCUCAGAAUGCUCUUAAUGUGUAAAUAACUUUAUAAUUCACAGUCUGCCGUUGAAAUAGAUACAGAUACAGAAAUGAGCAUAUUAGAAUAAUUUCGGAAGGACCAUGUGACACUGAAGACUGGAGUAUCGAUGCUGAAAAUUCAGCUUUGCAUCACAGGAAUAAAUUACAAUUUUUAUUUAUUUUGUAAUUUUUAAAAUACGAUAUUUUAAAUUCUAAUAACGUUUCACAAUAUGAUUGUAUUUGUAUCAAAUAAAUGCAGCCUUGAUGAACAGAAGAGACUUAUUUGAAAUAAAAUCAUUUUAAAAAUUAGA